AGCUCAGGUUACUCUGUAAGCACCUGGAGAUGGCAGCAGCUCCUGUGAGCACUGGCUGGCAGGACAUGGCCUGCAGCCAUCACAGUAGUUUCACAAAGAUCCCUAAACAGCAUGGGAAAGUUCCAUCCUUGAGUAGUGGCUCCAACAAUGUACUUGGAGUGGUGACAGAGCCUCUCCCUGGUGGUUUCUCUAGAGCUGUGCAAGGCAAUUUUAAGAUUGAGUGUAUUUUUGUUGAAUGUUCAGGAGUUACAAUACUCUGGUACAGUUUGGGAAAGCAACAAGCUACAGCUAUUGUUUAUGAAGAACAUUAAUGCAGUCUAGAAAACACAGAUUUGGAGAAUAUAGGCCCCAUUUCAAAUUUCUUUUAAGCUCACUCUGUUGCAGACGAAAUAGUUCAGACAUGUAACAAGCUGGCAGGAAGUCAUGGCAAGGAAUAUAUGGUUAAGGAAACGAAAAAACCCCAUUUCCAUGAAUACUCAAUGCUGCUUGCGUGUCCCUGCCAAUACUACAGUCCAGAGCUCAGAAACAGUAAUCUGGAAAGUCCGAUGUUACGGUGUGGGCCAACCAGGAAAUAUUAAUGUAGCACUUUGGUGUUGGUGCAGCUUGUGACCCAGCUCCUUGGCACACUGAAAUGAAUCUGGCUGGCUCAGCCCACCUGCCCCUGCUCCCAGGCUGCGUUCAUUAAACUAGAGCACAGCAGACACACAGUUUCUGUAGGUAAUAUUUAAAGUUACCUACAUUGACUUUCCUCAUUUCACAACCCACACUCCUACCCCUAAAACUACACAUGCUUCACCCACAGAACCAUUACUUCACAGCCUUUUAUUUCCUUUUCUUUCAGACCGAAUCUUUUACAUGACUUGGUUAAAAAAAAAAAUAUCAGAAUAUUCCCCAGCACACUGUUAUCUCCGUUUGUAGCACCCGGAAGGAGAGCCGGGGCCAAAUCGGGCGAGAUGGAAUUCGCCGUGGGGAAACCCGCUGAUGACAGUGGAACCCGCCCGUGGGUGAAUUCCCGGGCUCCUGCUUUAUAAGCAGGUGGAGGUGCGGCAGGGCUGGCAGGAGCAGCAGGCACAGCCAGGCACUCACUGGAGCACAGCUGUGUGUGCAGAGGGAAUGAGCGGCUGCAGCAGCAAGAACAUGGUCCUGGUGUCCCUGCUGGGGCUCCUGGCGCUGCUCCUGUGCGGCACCUCGGAAGCACAAAGCAACCAGGACUGCUGCCUGUCCUACACCAAAGUGCGUCUGCCUAAGUGGGUCCUGAAGGGUUACACUGAGCAGCUCCCCAGUGAGGUCUGCGACAUCCCUGCCAUCAUUUUCCACACUGCCAGUGGGCUGAAUGCCUGUGUAAAUCCUAAGGAAGGCUGGGUGAAGAAACAUCUCCUUUUCCUGAGCCACAGGCUCAGGAGGAUGUCAGCCUGAUGCAGUUUCCAGCAAGGAGCUAAACACCGACAUGGCUGAAGAAGCACAGGGCAGAGGCUCCUGGCUGAGGUGGUUUGUACAGUGCUGUGUGCUCACCCACUGCCAACUCUGGCUUCUUUGGAAUCAUGAACUUCUUGAGUUGAUUCAUAUUGCAUCGCUGUGUUGCUUGAGUUAAGCAUUUUGUUGAAGUUUCUAUUUUUACUAAUAUGUGUAUGUUACUGAUAGGACAUGAGUACUGUUUAGUAAGGUCUACCUUGAGCUGUUGUACAGAGUGUGAAUUUUAUUAAGUUUAUUGCAUGUUGGUUUUGUUUUCUUCAGCAUAUGUAAAGCAGGUUAUUUAUUAUGUUUAUUUUGUUAUUGUCUUGUGACAAAAUGUUUCCUUUAAGCUGUAGUUAGCAUUAUAAUACCUCUUGAAUUAUUGUUAAAAAAAAGUCUGUUUGUAGAAAAAAAUGGUAA